AUGUGGAAGUGGGGGUUGUGGGUUCUGUAUGCCAGCACGUUGUUCAAACCCUCUUCUAGCUGCUAUCAGUGCUUUGUGGAGGUUGAAGACAGCAUACGUCUGUGUUGGGGACACGUCCUCACCGAAUACAACAUUCGAAAUGUAGACUCGUGCUUUAAAAAACUAGAGAAUAUAUUCAAUAACAACCAGAAAGUGAUUGAGGCAGGACGAGUUGGGAAAGGUUAUGAUCAGAAGCUGAAGGAGAUCCUAAAUGCUGAGAUCAUGCCCAUGGCGGAGGAAUUUGACAAGAAGAUGAAUGAUGACACAGUGUAUGACGAGAGGUUACUGACAGCUGCAGACAAUUUCAUUGCGGCUGCCUUCAAACUGCCUAGAGCUUCUGGAUGUUUCCCUCCAUGUGGUUUUCAGACUUCUGGUUAUGUCUACAACUGUAUCACCUGUCAGUAUGACUCCUGUGAGUUCCCACUUGACUGUCCAACAAAGAACAUCACAGUCAUGGAGAACAACCGGACACAGAUGAGGUGUGACGUCCCCUUUCCCCUGCCUUAUGAAAUGAAAGUGGUCUGGAGGUUUGCAGAGGAGAUCAGGACCCAGCAGGUGGAUCAGUUUGAGGAGGUGACAGUAGGGAUAGACCGGCUCUACUCUAUCCCCUCAGCUGGUCUGCGACACCAGGGUACAUACCAGUGUGAGAUCUACUCUGACCAGCGCUCCUUAGUCAGACUUUACUACCACCUCAUAGUCAUCCCCCAGGUGGUUGUAGGCCACAGUGAGCUGCAGGAGAUAUUUGAUCUGUCACUGCUUCCAGGGGGCCAAAUUGUCCCUGUGCCUGGUGGAUGGUCCCUUGCCCUCCUCCGUCUCCCCCCUCCCUCUCUCCUCACGGCCUGUCUGACUUCUCUGCUGCUGCUGCUCUUCCUCUCCCUGGGGAUUCUGCACUGGUGGUCGAUAAAGAAAGAGAAGAGUGAUGUGGAGCAAGCUGAAGACGAUCCAGAUUCAAGUUGGUAGUCUUGUUUCGUCGCUGAAACUCCCGUAUGGACUCGGGAGAGGCAAAGGUUGAAAGCAUCCUCCGAAACACAACCCAACCCAACCAAGCCGCACUGCUUCUUGACACAAUGCACAUCCAAGCCAGCCGCACCAAUGUGCUGGAGGAAACACCGUACACCUGGCGACCUGGUCAGCGUGCACUCCACCUGGCCCGCUAGUGCGGCAAGGAUAUCCCUGCCGGCCAAACGCUCCUUAACCCGGACGACACUGGGCCAAUUGUGCGCCACCCCAUGAGCCUCCCAGUCACACAGAGCCUGGGCUCAAACCCAGAAUCUCUGGUGGCACUGCGCCACCCGGGAGGCCCUAUUUAUGCACAUAAUUAAUGUCAUGUUAGUGCUCCCACAUCUUGCACCAGAAUGUGUUGAGGUGAGUAGGGGUUCCAUCACCAAUUGUAAGGGAUGUUUUCCAUAUAUUCAAAUAUAUGUACCUGCAUGGGGUCCACGCAGGUACAAAAUAAAUGAAAUGAAUAAGAAGAAGAAAAUGUAUGAGUAUUGCCAGAUUAAACACAUUUUGGACAAGGGAUCUGUGCCAUUUUUUGGAGGGUGCAAUACAAUACCCUGUAAUAUCAUACAAUUGAUGUUCUUAAUUUAUGUUCUUGCUUUUAUGAAUUAUGUUUAUUUUGUUACUGUGUGCUGAAUUAUAUUGUUUUAUACACAUACGUGCAUGUUUUAUUAUUCUGUUUUAAUUGUAAUGUAUACAGGGCUCUCCUGUAAAAUACAUUUGUUAUCUCAAUGUGACUCCCUGUUUAAAUAAAGGUUGUAAGAAAAAUGUAAGAAAAAUAAAUACAAUUAAUUGGGAGAUGUGAUGCGGAGGGAUAUUGAUACGCCACCGUAUCAAUUAUUUUAAAAACUACAGA